UGGGGGGAGAUCUCAUAGUCCUGUUUUAAUGAAUGAAGAAUUUUGAGAGGCACAUGAUUAUGUUACAGCAGAUUUCAUCACUUUUAUUUUUUAAAAUCAAACCGAAAGUUAUGUCAUUUAUUGAAGAGGAAAUUGGAAGUGCUUGUUAGACUUGCGGAAGUCUGUUGUGAAGAACUCCGGUAUAGUCGUCCAUUUCGAGUUGGCCCACAAAAAAAAAAAAACCUUUGGUGGGAAAGAUGACAGCGUGACGUUUCUGCUGCAGCUUCCCUGGAUGUCCAAGAGUCCCCAUGGAUGACCUGACCAAAGCCCUGUCGACCAGCUUCGCUGUGUCCAAGGAGCCCAACAGUACAGCUGGACCCCAUCCUCGGCUGGCUCAGUACAAGAGCAAGUACAGUGUGCUGGAGCAGAGCGAGCGACGGCGGCGCUUCCUUGACCUGCAGAAAAGUAAAAGGCUAAACUAUGUCAACCAUGCGCGUCGUCUGGCUGAUGGGGACUGGACGGGGGCAGACAGCGAUGGGGAGGAGGAGAUGGAGAAACAGAACGAGGAGGAACGGGAGAAAGAAACCACCGCAGAAGAGGAGGAGGAGGGGAUGGAGAUAGAGAGGAGGAAGCUGCCGAAACAUUACGCUAACCAGCUCAUGCUGUCAGAGUGGAUGGUGGAUGUGCCAUCAGAGCUGGACACUGAUUGGAUGAUGGUGGUGUGCCCCGUGGGGAAAAGAUCUCUAAUUGUUGCAUCCAAAGGGUCCACUGCGGCGUACACUAAAAGCGGCUACUGUGUGAACCGCUUCCCCUCCCUGCUGCCCGGUGGGAACCGACACAACUCAGCCAUGGGAAAAGACUACACCAUCCUGGACUGCAUUUACAGCGAGGUGGACAGAACGUACUACAUCCUGGACGUCAUGUGCUGGAGAGGCCACCCGGUCUAUGACUGCCCGACCGAGUUCCGUUUCUACUGGCUCCAGACCAAAGUGCAGGAGACGGACGGCCUAUCAGAAAUCGCCAAACGCAAUCCUUUCCGGUUUGUGAGCCUCCAGAGCACAGAGUGCACGACGGAGCUGGUUCAGAAAGCCCUGACUGCAGAGUACAGCUUCAGUGUGGAUGGUCUCCUCUUCUACCACCGGCAGACCCACUACACCCCUGGCAGCACCCCUCUCGUAGGCUGGCUCCGCCCCUACAUGGUCACAGACAUCCUUGGCAUCGAGGUUCCUGAAGGACCCCUUACCACCAAGCCUGAGUACGCCAGUCACCAGCUGCAGCAGAUCCUGGAGCACAAAAAGACCUCGACUGAAGUCCAACCGGCCAACAGAAGCGGAAGCUACGAGUUAGAGCACCUGUCCACGCCGGGCCAGGACGGCGGGGACACCGUGAACUUUCUGAAUCAGAAGCCAAUAAGGGAAGCAAACAUGGAGCUCUGAGUGGGAGGCCUUAACAAGAUGCUAAUUGCAACCUCAGUGUUUCUGAGUGAUAGCGGCCCACAUAUGGCUCUUUAGAAUCUGCUCAAUGCUUCUGCAGAUCUGGCCAAUUGCAAAGCAUGGCUAAUGCUAAUCCGGCACUGCUUAGGAUGCCCUCAGAGUGCAGAUUAGUAGAGCUGUGCUUAUAUGUGUUUUUAUAUGGCUGUAAAACGGAAGUCUGACAUUUACGUCUGAACUUUUUACCUGCUGCAGAGAACAGAACGCGUGCACCAUUCAGUCAAUAUAAUCAGUCUGUUCAGGAGAUUUAUCUCAUAACACCAAUAGUGGUCACCUAGGAUUCAGAAUGAGGUCUUAUGAGGGAUUAACUGUUAAGUGCAGCUCAGUAGAUUUUGUGGUAAAGUGUUAUUUUGCUGCUCUGCACGUUUUGCACUUAAAGAAACAUUUUCACUCUCGACAGUUCUUUCUACCACUAUCAUUCAUGCUUGACGAGCUGCUGCUGAACGAUAAAGCCUGUGUGACGAACUAGAUUACUGAUCAGAAGCAGCAGCGUGAACUUUUACAGUGUAAUGUUGAAAUGAAAAUUGUACUGAAAAUGUUUUAAAAUGUGUUUCUAAAUAAAUGCUUUUUUUUAAUGGACAGUA